CUGUCAAAGUCAUAAUAAAAUAAUCUGUCUAUUCGAAGUAUUUCAAUUCAAAGUAAUCGAGUCGUCCAGCGAAUUUUAUUUACGGCUUUUACAUUUUAAAACUUGAAAAUAAGUGAUUAUGGCUUUAAAUCUUGAUAGAAGUUUGCAGUUACACUCAACGCAACACACUCCGUUACGGAAUAAACGAACCAGACAGUUGUUAUCAAGAGAAGAUACAUUGAAUUUGUCGCCGAUCCUGAAUGAGACUUCAAUAUUUAAAAACCUCAACGAUACAAGUCUUAGGCAAGUAUUGGAUGAGUCGUCUAUAUUAGUUAAUUCUGGAAAUGCCGGUGAUGGGUUGAACGAGGCAUUUUUUGAAGUUAUGCAAACGUGUAAAUCAAGUGAUGUUUUGGAUACACUGUUGAGGUUAGGUCAGGUCUGUUGUGAUUCUUUGGAGUUAGUAGAGCCCUGGAACCGGUAUAAUGUGCACAAUUAUUGGCUGGCGGAAGAAGCGAACACAUGGAAGCUUUUGCAUUGUUUGUAUGCAGAUUCUAUUUCACCUCACCCGGAAUCUUUAGAAACCAUGGUGCAGGAAACAACAUUAUCACAACAAGACCUCGUCGGCGCAUUAUUCCAAUGUGAUUCAGAAAUACGUCUUCUUCAGCUGUUGGUGGACUGGUUAGAAGCAACAGCAGCAUACCAAGAGGCUGCAACAAAUACAUCUGCCCCUGUUAUUGGUAAUAAUGUACAUUGGAGUAAUACACUGCAUGAGUUACUUAUUGGGAACAGUUUGUUUAAUAAAGAAAAGAAUAAAACUAUGAUAACAUGCAUUGAUCCUGAUGCACCAAGACGCCAGAAGAAAACUAUCCACUCAGAUGAUCAAAAGGAUGAUAAUGCCUUGUGUAAGAGAAUAUUUACUGAAGUGAGAUGUGGGAAAUUUAAGGAAGCUGUGUCUGUGUGUCUUAGUGCUGGACAAGCGUGGCGCGGAGCCGUGUUACAGGGCUGGAUCCUACUUCAUUAUUUGCCAAGAGAUGAUCCUAAUGAACAACUUGAAAUAUUUGGAAAUCCUUCUAGAGACCUCUGGAAGUGGUGUGCGUUGGGCAUUGCUAAUAAUACAGCUGAAAACAUACAUUAUAGAGCUAUAACUGGCAUUUUAUGUGGUCAUUUAGGUAGUGCCAUACCAGCUUGCCAAGGGAGCUGGGAAGAUUUAUUAUGGGCUCAUUUGAGGGUCCAAAUUGAAGCUAGAGUGGAUAGAUUUCUUCAUGAGCAUCAUCUCACAGUAGACGCCAACACCACACCCUCAGAUAUCUUAGAGCUGCUGCAAUCUGAAUUGAUAGUUGAAGUGAUGUCUCUACAGCAAAUUUUCAGUGCUGUCAAAUCCAUGAUGGAUGGCAAAAGAGAGUCGCAUUACCAAACUUGUCAACGUCACUUAAUGCUGGGCCACAUCAGAGCUGUAAUGCAGGACUCCUUGGAAUGGCUUGAUAGUGCUGGAGAUAAAUUUAUAAGAUUCUUAGCACAUUUGAUAUUAGUACUCCGUAUGAUGGGCAAAGAUCCUCACCAUGAUAUUGGAGAUAAGGUUUUAGAGAAGUAUGUAUCUCAACUGAUUGAUCAGUUGCUGGAUGGGUCUGUGGAGUGCCCAGAAUUGAUUGCAUACUACACAUCAACAGUACCUGUAGCAAGGCAGAUUGCUCUGUAUGCAGAUUUAAUGGACCACAUCCAUAAGAGUGAGUAUCGAGAAGGGGUGGUAAAAGCUGGUAUCAAUGCAGGCAUAGAUGUCGCAGCAUCAGCUAGGGUUGCCAUUAAAAAGGCUAUAUCUGCUAUACAGCAUGACUACUGGAACUUAGACAUGUCAUUCACCCAAAAUGCUGCUAUUGAAAAAGACAAAAGCUUGAUAAAUAAAGUUAUAUCAUCCCUUGAAUGGUUGGGUUUCAUUUCUAAUCAGAAACAGGAAGCUUUAUGGCUCAGCAAUGCAAUGAUACGGACUUUUAUCUUUAUUGGCAACACUGAAGCAGCUUUGUCUUGUGUUGCAAAUGUAAGUCAGCUUUUCCCCGACUUUGUUAAAAAUCUGGAUAGUAGAUCUGCUGAAUUGAGAGAACAUCUUGCUUUAAAGUCAUAUUUGGAAGCAUUGGAAGGCUUUGCAACUUGGCACAGACAUUUUAUAAGUGGACAACCGAAAGAUGUAGAGGCAUUACCUGCUGAUGCUACAUUCUCAGAUAAGGUACAUCAUGAGCAAAGGUGUGCUCAGGUAGAGCAGCAGAAGGCUCGCUGGAAGAAUGCAGUCCUGCAUCAAUCGAGGCAUACUAAGAAUAUGCUCUACAAUGUUCUUUUAUUCCCAGGAGGAUGGCUCCAAGAUGAGAAUGAUAGUAUUGCAUCCAAUGAUUUUACUGAUGAAGAAAAGCGAGAGAGGUCCAAGCAAUUGGAAACUUUGAGACGUUUAUGUAUUCCUGAAGUUGUCAUAUUGAUUCUGAAGAUCUUGCAAAGUGACGAUGAUGUGGAAAGUCACAAAGAGGCAUUGAAAUUGAGCAACAUAAUUGCUGGAGAAAACCGACGCCUCUACAAAGUAUUUACUAAGGCCAAAUUGAUCGAAUUUUUGGAAAGGAUCAAGGAAUCUUCUUUGCUGUUACUAGAAAAGGAUAAGGAUAUGUUUGGUUAUGAAAUAAAUGAUGAUUAAGACACUUUUUUAAAUAAAUAUUUUUGUGUAU